AUGAAUCCUCUCACACUUGGUUAAUUGAAACUAAUACAAAUCCUUGUUUAGAAUAAACAGGCCCAUUAGAUUGAAAAUCUCCUAAAAAUUGUAAUUGUUACUUUAAACCCUACUCUUUUUUUUUCUCAUAAAAAGUUUGUAUCUGAAUGCUUGAAUAAGAAAUACGAACUUAUUUAUGAUACUUCCAAAAUGUUGAAAUUAAAAAAGAAUUGUGAAAGACUUGUAACUUACUAGUUUAUUUUAAUGUAAUUAAAUAAUUUUUUAUCAACCUAUAACUUAAUUAUGUUGAACAAAUAAUGCUAUUUUAAUUGUCUAAACGGUUUUUUUUAAUAUAAUCGAAAAAAUAUUACUUUUAAACCAAGAAAUUUAGUGCAAUUUAAUUAUGAUAUUUCACAAAAUUAAAAUAAAGUGUAAAUUUACUAGUAUUUUAGUGAUCACAUGUCGAUAUAAAUGUAAAUUUUUAAAUCUAAUUUUGAAAUUCAAGACAUUAAAAUGAUAAAUAUUGGUAAUUCUUAAAGGAUAUAUAAAUUUUUCAUAUUUUUUUGA